AUGGUUGGUAAAGAGAAUUCUGGAAGUUAUCGUAACUUAUCCGAACAAUUUCUAUUAACCCAAAAGGAUAAGAAAGGUUGGUUUUUCCAGGAAAAUUUGAAAAUUUCCUCAUUUUUCUUUUUCUUAUUCCAGGCGCUUUUAAUCGUCAAUAUUUUGAAUUGUAUGACGCAAGACUGAAAUCAUUGAAAGGGCGAAUAUUGGAAAAUGCGGAAAAUGUUCUUGGAAAAGGGAAUUUCGAAUGUGUUUCGUUGACGGAUGUCACGAAGACGAAGGAUGUUUUGGUGAUUGGAAUGAUUUUGAAGAAAAUUGCGGCGAAACCGUCGAUUUUGAAAGUGGGUUUGGUGGAUGAAAACCGCGAAAAUAUGCAAAAAUAGUCUUCAGAAUGAGCCUAAACACCUCGGGAUAAGGAAACUUGUCACGUGGAAGAUUGCCUUGAGAGCUCUGAGAGCUCCAAAAUGAGCCUGAGAGCUCUGAGAGAGCCUUGAGAGCUUAAAAAUAAGCCUAAACACUUCAGGGUUUUGAACAUUGCCACGUGGAUUUAAAGGAACAUGGUCUAGCUUGCAAGCAAGAUUGCGGGAUCGAAAUUUGCCACGUAGAUAGCCUUGAGAGCUCCAAAAUGAGCCUGACAGCUCUGAGAGCUUCAAAAUGAGCCUGAGAGCUCUGAGAGAACCUUGAGAGCUCCAAAAUGAGCCUAAAUACCUCAGGCUUUUAAAAAUUGCCACGUGGAUUUUUCGGGGGCUUCCUGGGCUACAAAAUGAGCCUAAACACUUCAGGCUUUCAAAAAUUGCCACCUGAAAUUUUUGGGGAACCUUGAAAGCUCCAAAAUGAGCCUAAACUCUUCUGGUUUUCAAAAAAUUUGCCACGUGGAUUUUCUAGGAGCCCCGAGAGCUCCAAAAUGAGCCCGAACACCUCGGAAAAAGCCUUGAGAGCUCCAAAAUCAGCCUAAACACUUCAGGCUUUCAAAAUUUGCCACGUGGAUAGUCUUGAGAGCUUUAAGAGCUCCAAAAUGAGCCUGAGAGAGCCUUGAGAGCUUCAAAAUGAGCCCAAACACCUUUAAUUUCACAAAAGCAAUCACCGAUUUCCUCCUGAGCCCCAAAACCUUUAAAUUUCUGAAAUUUCAGACUCUCCUCAGCGAAGACAAAGUUGCCUACGAGGAUUACGAAGAUGAAGAAGCUGGAGACUUGAAAAGAUACACCGAAAACGCCGAAGAUCAUCUCGAAUUCGAAUGCGACAAUCAAACGGUGAAAUUGGAGGGAAACAUCAGUAUGAAUGAUUGUGCAACCGGUUGCUGUGCUGGAUUAUUCGGAAAAUUGGGAGACGAAGACGGGGUUUUUGAGGUGAUUCGAGUGAUUUGGCCGAAGAUUCGAGUUGAACCCAUUGAUUUGAAGAUGAAGAUGAGGAAAUCGGUGAUUGCUUUUGUUAGCGGAUUGGAAUUGAGCGGGGAUUUGGAGGAGGAUAAUGGCACGAUUUCAUCGUUUGAAUAUUUUGGAGAAUGGUUGAAGGAGGAAGAGGAAAUGAAUGUGGAGAGAUUGGUUGUGUUGGGACCAUCAAUCGAUAAUAAUGUGGUAUGAGAUGGUUUCGGACAAGGAAGGGAACUCGAGAUUUUCUAUUAAAAAUCGAAAAAAUUUGAAAUUUUCAUCAAAAACCAUGUCAAAAUUGUCCAAGAUUCAUAAAAUUCACCUUAAUAUUCCUAAAAUAACCUGGAAUUCAUGAAAAAUGAUCUUUCUGAAGCUAAAUAACAUGAAAUUUGGCUCCAGGAGCUCAAAAUAUCGAUUGGGAUGUUAUUUAGCUUUAAAAGAUCAUUUUUCAUGAAUUCCAGGUUAUUUUAGGGAUUUGAAGGUAAAUUCUAUGAAUCUUGGACAAUUUCGACAUGGUUUUUGAUGAAAAUUUCAAAUUUUUUAGUAUAGUUGGACAUCGACUAAAUGACAUUUUCAGGUUUUUUAAGCAAAUGAGUUGAAAUAUUGGGUUUUAAUGUUAUUCAUAUGAUAGAAUGGUCUAAGACGAACAGAAUGAUAUAAAUUUUGAUGACUUUACCUUAUCCAUAAGUGAUUUAGCGACCUUAACGACUAAACGUCGCUAAAUCACUUAAGGAUAACCUAAAUUCAUCAAAAUUUAUAUCAUUCUGUUCGUCUUAGACCAUUCUAUCAUAUGAAUAACAUUAAAACCCAAUAUUUCAACUCAUUUGCUUAAAAACAUGAAAAUGUCAUUUAGUCGAUGUUCAACUAUACUAUUUCUAUUGAAAAUUCGAAAUUUUCAUCAAAAACCAUGAAAAAUUGUCCAAGAUUCAUAAAAUUUACCUUCAAAUCCCAAAAAUAACCUGGAAUUCAUGAAAAAUGGUCUUUUCAAAGCUAAAAAACAUGAAACAGGAGCUGAAAUAUCGAAAAAUUGAAAUUUUUGCAUCUAAACACGUCGAAAACCACUAGAAAACCAACAUUUUAUCAAAAAUCUAGAGCUCCCUUGUGAAUUGAAUAGGAUAUUUAUGUAGAUACUCUAGAUGAGUUAUGACGUGGCAAAAGUUUGGAAAUUUGGGAUUUUAGGAGCUGAAAAUUAGCUUCAAAAAUGGUUUUCGUGCAAAUCUGAUAGCAUAGGGUUAUUCAGAAGGCUCUUGAGUGAAGAUUUCUGAAAAUUUUUUCGAAUUUCAGAAAUCGAACCUUCACUCAAGAGCCUUCUGAACAACCCUAUGCUAUCAGAUUUGCACGAAAAUCAUUUUUGAAGCUAGUUUUCAGCUCCAAAAAUCCGGAAUUUUCGAAAUUUUGCCACGUCAUAACUCAUCCAGCUAGAGUUCUGCAAUUUUUGAGAUCUUGAUCAGCCAAACUACUAGAAAACAAAAAUGUUUUUUUCAAAAUCCAGAGUUCUAUGAUUUCCAGGUUGGCUGUGAUGUUGAAUCAGUUGUCCGAACAUUGACAUUAUCUCGACAAGACAAGCAAAUGUCAACAAAAGCAUUGACGAUGCUCGAUAAAAUCAUCAGUUCGCUGACUGAUCAAUUGGAUGUUGAUGUUUCUGCUGGAGUUGGAGAUCCGUGCUCUUCUUUAUGGCCACAGCCACCGAUUCAUAGGUGAGAAUGGACGAUUUUUGUGCAAAAAUUCUGAAAUUUUUGGAGAAAUUUGACCGAUUUCGAUUCAAAAACUGUUUUGAAAUUGCUGUUUUUUGCCACGUGGAUUUUUAGCAACUUAAAAAUGUGCAUUUUUCAAAUUUUCUUAAACCUUGAAAUUUUACGUUUCAAAAUUUUGUUAUUUUGUAGAAUUUUUCGGGAAAAUUUGAUUUUUUUAGAACAUUUUUCUUCAAAUGUUUGAAAUUCUAAAAAUUCUACAUUUUUCUAUACCAAAAAUUUCUCCUCGAGAACUACAAAAUUUUAAGUCUGGAAAAUUUUUCCACGUGGAUUUUGAGCUGCUCAAAAAUGUGCAUUUUUCACCAGAUUUUCAAGUCCAAACAAUUUUUCCCAAAAUUUUCGCCUUAAAAUUUUACGUUUCAAAAUUUUGUUAUUUUGUAGAAUUUUUCGGGAAAAUUUGAUUUUUUAGAACAGUUUUCUCAGAAAUCUGAAAUUUUCACAUUUUUCCACAUCAGAAAUUUCUUCUCGAAAACUACAAAAAUUUCUAGUCUGGAAAAGUUGUCCACGUGGAUUUUGAGCAGCUCAAAAAUGUGCAUUUUCACCCAAAGUUCAACAACCCUAAAAUUUUACGUUUCAAAAUUUUUAGAAUUUUCAGAAUUUUUCGGGAAAAUUUGAUUUUUUAGAACAAUUUUCUUCAAAUGUUUGAAAUUCUAAAAAUUCUACAUUUUUCUUUCGGCAUCAAAAAUUUCUCCUCGAGAACUACAAAAUUUUUCCACGUGGAUUUUCGGCAGCUCAAAAAUGUGCAUUUUCACCCCAAGUUCAACAACCUCAAAAUUUUACGUUUCAAAAUUCUGUUAAUUUUCAGAAUUUUUCGUCGAAAUUUGAUUUUUUAGAACAAUUUUCUUCAAAUGUUUGAAAUUCUAAAAAUUCAACAUUUUUCCACAUCAAAAAAUUCUCCUCGAGAACUACAAAAUUUUGUGCCACGUGGAUUUUUAGCUGCUCAAAAAUGUGCAUUUUCAAAUUUUCUUAAACCUUGAUAUUUUACGUUUCAAAAUUUAGAUAAUUUUUAGAAUUUUUCGUCAAAAUUUGAUUUUUUAGAACAAUUUUCUUCAAAUGUUUGAAAUUCUAAAAAUUCUAUAUUUUUCUAUACCAAAAAAUUCUCCUCGAGAACUACAAAAUUUCUAGUCUGGAAAAUUUUUCCACGUGGAUUUUUAGCAACUCAAAAAUGUGCAUUUUUCAAAUUUUCUUAAACCCUGAAAUUUUACGUUUCAAAAUUUUGAUAAUUUUCAGAAUUUUUCGUCAAAAUUUGAUUUUUUAGAACAAUUUUCUUCAAAUGUUUGAAAUUCUACAAAUUCAACAUUUUUUCCUUCGACAUCAAAAAUUCUCCUCCAGAACUACAAAAUUUUUCCACUUGGAUUUUGAGCUGCUCAAAAAUGUGCAUUUUCACCCAAAGUUUCAACAACCUUGAAAUUUUACGUUUCAAAAUUUUGAUAAUUUUUAGAAUUUUUUGUAAAAAUUUGAUUUUCUUGAAAAUUGUUCGAAUUCAAAAAAUUUCUCCUCGAGAACUACAAAAUUUUUAGUCUGCGAAUUUUUUGCAACGUGGAUUUUUAGCAGCUCAAAAAUGUGCAUUUUUCAAAUUUUCUUAAACCUUGAAAUUUUACGUUUCAAAAUUUUUAGAAUUUUUAAAAAAAUUUUCUCAAAAAUCUAAAAUUUUUGCAGAGUUUGUCUUCCACGUUCCGGAAUGACGAAAAAACAAGUGAACCUCGUGACAAAUCCCUACGAAUUCUCGCUCGACGGCAUUCGAUUCCUCACAACAUCCGGUGAAAACAUCGACGAUCUCCUAAAAACGUGUUGGAAAUGGAAAAGUGUGGACGCGAUGGAAAAUUGUCUAAAAUGGCAACACAUCGCUCCAACUUGCCCCGAUACUUUGGAUGGUUUUCCGAUGGCUGAUAGAGAUCCGCUGAUCAUCUCAACUACACCUAGAUUUAUGAUUUGUGGAAAUCAAUCGAAUUGCGAAGUUCGAAAUGUUGCAUUGGAUGAUCGGGAGAAUAUUUGCACUUGUAUUUCGAUUCCGAAAUUUUCGAAAUCUCGCACUAUUUUGUUUUUGAAUUUGGAGGAUUUGACUGUUUCUUGGCGAGUUUUUCAAAAUGAUUUUUAA